AUGCCGGCCAGCACUAGUACCUGGCUGCAGAUCUACGAGACCAACCCUAAGAAGCUCUACCGCAACGUCACCAGCAAAACGCCCAAGUUCAUCGUCCGCGGACUCACCUCCGGCCAGGACUACAUGGUGUACGUCUCAUCCCACACGUCCUACGGCAGGAGCCCCUACAGCCUCGUGGAAGCCUUCACCUUCAAGACCGCAGAGAACCCAGGAAGCAAGGACUCCAUGCCGCCUCUGUCCACCAUCAUCAUGUUCGUGUGCGGCGUCGGGGCCAUCGUCGUCCUGGUCAUCAUCAUCAUCACCGUCAUCAGACUCAAGCUCAGGAAGCGAAGCCACAAGUGCGUGCGACGGACGGCCACGGCCACGGACUCCGAGAUCCCCAAGAACCUGAUUUCUGGUGAUAAGAAGUCUCCCGAGGCCAAGGAGGGACCCGCGGGCACUGGGGUGGUGAAGCCCUCCCUGCGGCCGACGAAGACCCUGCCUGACACGAAGGAGGUCGUGCCCCUGCAGCCGAUAAUCAGGCAGCCCUCGAGGCCCCUGCAGCCAAUCAUUAAAGAAAACGGCCGGUCUGACAACGGAAAGAGCUCUCAGGGCCGGACCGUGCUGUUCGUUGAGCCGCCCAAGACGCAGACGGGCAUUCUCGUCAACAAGAACGAGGUUCCACGAAACACGUACGACGCGUACCCAAGUCGCCGGGGGCAGAUGAAGGGCCCGAACGGGGACGUCCAGCACGGCGUGUACAGCUCGCGGGGAUCCUACUCCGACAACCUUCACACUCUGCACCCCAGCCGAGGCGGCGACGGCAUGGGCUAUGUCGACCGGGAGCCGCCCAUGAGCAGGUAUCGGUCCACGCUCGACGACCGGGGCGACGCCGUGGACAUGAUGGACCCGCAGUACUCACCCAGUUCUUCCAACACACUCAGUAGGGACUCCGGCUACUGCUCCCUGCGCGGCACGCACAGAGGGAGCACGGGCGCCAUCGCCACGUCGCCCUACGCUUCCAGAGAGCACAGCAGGGACCUCAUUAGGGACCAUUCCAGGGAUCUCGGUAGGGAUCAUCCCAGGGACCUCAGUAGGGACCAUAGCAGGGACCUUACUAGGGACCACAGCAGGGACUUAGGUAGGGACCUUAGCAGGGAUCACAGUCGGGACCUUAACAGGGACCUUAGUAGGGACCUUAGUAGGGAACAUAGCAGAGACCAUAGUAGAAGUCACAGCAGGGACCUAAGCAGGGAUCACCCGAGGGACCUAAGCAGGGACCUUACCAGGGAUCAUAGCAGAGACCUAGGCAGAGAGCAUAGCAGAGAACUGGGCAGGGACCUUAGUAGGGACUUCAGUAGGGACAUGGUUAGGGAUCACAGUAGAGAGCUGGGCCGGGACAUCAGCCGGGAUCACAGCCGAGACCUAGGCAGGGACCAGGGCCACGUCUUCACCUUCCCCUCCCGCGUGAACAGCAACGAGUACGAUUCCAUGAUAACGCGCUCGCCUCCGCCGGCUUCCUUCAUGAAGAAAUCCCCCAGCGUGAGUGCCUCGGUUGGGCGGCACUACGACUUCCCCCCCCGCGGCCCCGAGAGCGGCACCUACCGCUCCCUGCCGCGGCCCAGCAAGCCCAGGGGCACCGAGGCGGAGACGCUGCUGAAGUACCGCUCUCUGGACAGACGCUUCGACCUGCCCUUCAGCGGGUCCUUGCAGAGGGUGGAGCCCGACUCCGGGGAGGAGACGCCGCCGCAGCAGCGUCGCUACAGCGGAUCCCCGCGCCUGCGGUUCGCGGACGAGAAGCACUUCCACGUAUAUCACGACAAAGAAAAAAAACAAGACGGCAUAGAUGAUAUGGACGAAAGUUUUGUAUGAAAUGUUUUAUGAGAUAUAUGUUUUUAUUCGUGUGUAUGUACUUUUACAUCUUUAAUGUAAGCCCAUGUUAGAACAAGUUAAUAAAACAAAAAACAAAACAAAACAAAAACAAAA